UCGCUCCACCAUGAAUACCUCGGCCCCACCCGCCGUCAGCCCCAACAUCACCAUCUUAGCACCGGGCAAGGGGCCCUGGCAGAUGGCCUUCAUCGGGAUCACCACAGGCCUCCUGUCCCUCGCCACAGUCACAGGUAACCUGCUGGUCCUGAUCUCCUUCAAGGUCAACACGGAGCUCAAGACAGUCAACAACUACUUCCUGCUGAGCCUGGCCUGCGCCGACCUCAUCAUCGGCACUUUCUCCAUGAACCUCUACACCACGUAUCUGCUCAUGGGCCACUGGGCCCUGGGCACACUGGCCUGCGAUCUCUGGCUGGCCCUGGACUACGUGGCCAGCAACGCGUCCGUCAUGAACCUUCUGCUCAUCAGCUUCGACCGCUACUUCUCCGUGACCCGGCCCUUGAGCUACCGGGCCAAGCGCACGCCCCGCAGGGCGGCCCUGAUGAUCGGCCUGGCCUGGCUGGUCUCCUUCAUCCUCUGGGCACCGGCCAUUCUCUUCUGGCAGUACCUGGUCGGGGAGCGGACUGUCCUGGCUGGACAGUGCUACAUUCAGUUCCUCUCCCAGCCCAUCAUCACCUUCGGCACGGCCAUGGCCGCCUUCUACCUCCCGGUCACCGUCAUGUGUACUCUCUACUGGCGCAUCUACCAGGAGACGGAGAACCGGGCCCGGGAGCUGGCGGCCCUGCAGGGCUCCGAGACCCCGGGGAAGGGGGGAGGCAGCAGCAGCAGCUCGGAGCGGUCCCAGCCGGGAGCCGAGGGCUCCCCCGAGAGCCCCCCGGGGCGCUGCUGUCGGUGCUGCCGGGCGCCCAGGCUCCUGCAGGCCUACAGCUGGAAGGAGGAAGAGGAGGAGGAAGAGGGCUCCAUGGAGUCCCUCACGUCCUCUGAGGGCGAGGAGCCCGGCUCGGAGGUGGUGAUCAAGAUGCCCAUGGUGGACCCCGAGGCGCAGGCCCCCGCCAAGCAGCCCCCCCGGAGCUCCCCCAAUACAGUCAAGCGGCCCACCCGGAAGGGGCGCGAGCGAGCGGGCAAGGGCGGCCAGAAACCCCGCGGGAAAGAGCAGCUGGCCAAGCGGAAGACCUUCUCCCUGGUCAAGGAGAAGAAGGCGGCGCGGACCCUGAGCGCCAUCCUGCUGGCCUUCAUCCUCACCUGGACCCCAUACAACAUCAUGGUGCUGGUGUCCACCUUCUGCAAGGACUGCGUCCCCGAGACCCUGUGGGAGCUGGGCUACUGGCUCUGCUACGUGAACAGCACCAUCAACCCCAUGUGCUACGCGCUCUGCAACAAGGCCUUCCGGGACACCUUCCGCCUGCUGCUGCUCUGCCGCUGGGACAAGCGACGCUGGCGCAAGAUCCCCAAGCGCCCCGGCUCUGUGCACCGCACCCCCUCCCGCCAGUGCUGA